UUUUUUUUUUGUGUGGAGAAAAAUUUUUUUUCUUUGUUCAUCAUCAUCAUCAUCAUUUCCAUCAAAUCAAUCAUAGUUCCUCCAGUCAGCAAGCCAACAAGUCAUUCUAGCAAAUCAAAUCAAAAAUUUAUUUAAUCCACAUCUUUGACCAAUACACGCAUAUAGCACAACAAUCAUAAAAUCAUCAUCAUUGCCAUAGCACAAUAGUUGAACAUUGAAAAAUCUGCAAAAAAUGUCCGUGCUAAAUCGUUUGUUCAACGUGGACGAUGUCCGUUAUCAUUAUUAUUAUCGUGAUAUACCAGCCGGUAAUUAUACGUGGACACAUGAUUUUAGUAAAUUUCCCGGUCUACAAAUACAAUUACCCGGCGAAGCAUUUGUUCAACGUCAUACACGUGAAAUUGUAAUGACAUCCAAUGAUUAUUGGCAUUAUUCUAUUUAUAUAUCAAUCGGUUAUAUUGUCACAAUAUUUACAUUGAAAUUUUUGAUGAAUCAACGUGAAAAAGGUUUUGAUUUGAAACGUGAACUAAUACUUUGGAAUUGGUUUUUGGCCACAUUUUCAUUUAUGGGCGCCGUACGUUGUUUACCGGAAUUCUGGCAUGUUUUAGUCAAUGAUGGUUUUUUUGAUUCAUAUGCUAAAAAUACCUAUGUACAGGAUAUUCGUAUUAAUGCAUGGUAUUGGUUUUUUACAUUAUCGAAAGCACCAGAAUUAAUCGAUACAUUGUUCAUUGUAUUACGUAAACGACGCCUGAUUCAAUUACAUUGGAUUCAUCAUACAUUGACAUUGAUUUAUUCAUGGUUUGUUUUUGGUGAUGUGCCAUCCACUGCACGUUGGAUGGUCAAUAUGAAUCUGGCUGUACAUACAUUGAUGUAUAGUUAUUAUGCAUUGACUGCAAUGGGUCAUCGUUUACCGCGUCAAGUUAAUGUUACAUUGACCACAUUACAGAUUGUUCAGAUGCUUUUUGGUUUCUACAUUCAUAUCGAUUGUUUACGUUUAAAAUUAAUGGGCCAACCAUGUGAUGUCAGUAUGGCUGUAGCGGUCACUGGAUUUUCACUAUACGCAUUGUUUUUCCUGUUGUUUAUGAAUUUCUUCAUCCGUACAUACAUUAUACCAAGUUCGAAAAAAGCUGUCAAAGCUGCAAUGGCCAAUGGAAAUGCCAUACUGAAAGAUUUGAAUAAUAAUAAAAAUGGUAAAGAAGUGAUUAAAAAAUUACAAUAAAAAAUGCCAACAACCAUUACAACACAUCAUCACAUUCAUCAAUCGACCAAUCACUAUUUUUCAUAUAGUGAAUUGAUGAAAACAAAAUCAUUACGAACAACAAACUCAAAAUCAAAUUGAUUAUUUUGUCAUUUACGAAUCCAAAAAGAAAAAUCAUUUUUUGACAUUUUUAAAUUUUUAUUUGUUGUAUCACCAGCCAUCACAUGAUAAUUUGUUUCCUUUUAUUUAAAUUAAUCCUUUCUUUCUUACUUUUUUUUUUUUUUAUUUUAUAUUAACAUCAACACUUCACACAAUCAAUCAGUCAAUCUCAACUACACAAUUCACCCAUUUGAUCUUUGAUUCUUUUAUGAAUCUACAGGCACUAGAGUAUAGUGUAGCCAAUUUUUAUUUUCAUUUUUUGGGCCAUUUUUUCUCGGUUUCCUUUUUUUUCCGUUUUAUUUUUAUUUUU